AUGGGUCGGAUUCGAAUUUCGGUCAUGGAGGUUUCUGUCUCCCGAUCUUCACGGCUUCUGCUCCCUCCUCUAUUCCUUUCAGGCAGUCGCGGCUCCAGAGCGACUAAAUCUAGAGAGAGAGAGAGUACAGUCGCUCUGGAGCCGCGACUGCCAAAUUUACCAGAGGGGACUAUACAGAACGUACUAGAGCAAGAGAGCCUCAAGAGGGUCUUUGUUGGCGGCAAAGGUGGUGUGGGCAAAACGACAUGUAGCUCAAUCCUCUCGAUCCUUCUCUCCCGAGUCAGAUCCUUCGUUUUGAUCAUCUCCACCGACCCGGCUCACAAUCUCAGCGAUGCUUUUCAGCAGAAGUUCACCAAGACUCCAACUUUGGUUAAUGGGUUCACCAAUCUCUAUGCCAUGGAAGUGGAUCCUACCGUUGAGCACGAAGACAUGAGCGGUAACGAUGGAAUGGAUAAUUUGUUUUCUGAUCUAGCAAAUGCCAUUCCUGGAAUUGAUGAGGCCAUGAGCUUUGCAGAGAUGCUAAAAUUGGUCCAAACAAUGGAUUAUUCGGUUAUAGUAUUUGAUACUGCACCAACUGGCCAUACGCUUCGACUGUUGCAGUUUCCAUCAACCUUGGAGAAAUACUUCUGGACCCUGGUCAAUCAACCAAACUUCAAAAAGUUACUGGGUGAUGUCGAGCAGGCUGUUUCAGUUCCACCAGUUGCAUCUGCAAAGAAGCCUGCCCAGCCUGCUAAGGGCAAGAUCAAGGAGGAGCCCAAGAAAGAAGCAAAAAAUGAGCCGGCAAAACCCAAAGCAGACCCUAUUGAGGAAGUGGAAAAGGCUCUAAAGCCAAAACCCAAGAAUCCUCUUGAUCUGCUUCCCCCAAGUAAGAUGGUUUUGGAUGACUGGAAGAGACUGUACUCUAACACAAAGAGCAACUUCCGUGAGGUUGCUAUUAAAGGAUUCGGAACUUCUCGAUAA